UUGCUAGCAAUAAGUAACCAGUGCAUGCUUGUGGAAAGACAAAUCCACGCAAAUCUUUCAAACUUUUACACACCCCCUUAUUCAAGAUCACCAGCUGAUGUCAAAGGUUUGGCCUUGGGGAAGUAACUCUACUAACAAUAGUAAUCUAAUAAGGCUGUGUCUUCUGAUGCAUGCCUGGGCCAGAAAGAAAGUGGGAGAAACUGCAGACUGGACUCAAACUGGAGAGGAGAGCAGGCGGGAAAGAUAUACUGACUGCAACCCCAAAACUGGAAGCAGACACUUUGCCUCCACCUGCAUAAACCAAAAUCAGCUCUGUGACUGAGAUGAGCAGGUUAAGCCUAACCAUGGAGUGGCUCAUGGUUGCAUUUGUAGCCCUGCUUUUGACCAGCCAAGUCCGCUCUGAAGAAAUCCCAUAUGAGCACCUUAUCUCUCAGAUAUCGGCAUGUCCUAAAGAGUGUCACUGCCCUCCAAGUUUCCCUAAUGCUGUUUACUGUGACAACAAGGGUCUGAAACGCAUACCUGACAUCCCACCCUACACCUGGUACCUCUACCUCCAAAACAACCUGAUUGAUGUCCUGUCAGCAGACGCUCUGCGCAAUGCCACACAACUGAGGUGGAUCAACCUUAACCGCAACAAAAUCACAGGUGAAGGCCUGGAGGCAGAUGCUCUUAAGGCCAUGUCCAACCUUGUACACCUUUACAUGGAAGACAAUUUGCUGACUUCCAUUCCAUCUCCUCUGCCUGCUAAAUUAGAGCAGUUGCGGCUCUCCCGAAACAGAAUCUCAAAGAUCCCACCCGGUGUCUUCUCUGGGAUGGACCAUCUCACCUUGCUGGAUCUGCAAGGCAACAAGCUACAGGAUGAUGCAGUUACUGAGGUCAAUCUGAAAGGCCUCAAGAACUUGAUCCAGAUCAAUUUAGCAAAGAAUCAGUUAAAUACCAUGCCCCUCGGCCUACCACCCACAACCACACAGAUCUUUUUGGACAGCAACAAUAUUGAAAGGAUUCCGGCUGAGUACUUUAAAGGUCUUCCCAAAUUGGUGUCUCUCAGGCUCAACCGCAAUAAGCUGGCUAAUGGAGGCAUCCCAAAAAAUGUGUUUAAUCUUUCCAGCAUCCUAGAUCUACAGCUUUCUCAUAACCAGCUCACAGAGAUACCUGUUAUCUCUUCUGGUUUGGAGCACCUGCAUUUGGAUCACAAUAAGAUCAAGAGUGUGAAUAGCUCUGACAUCUGUCCACCUGGUUCACUCGAUGAUUAUCUUGAUGAGAAUGGUCCACGUCUCCGUUACCUUCGCCUUGAUGGUAAUGAGAUCAACCCCCCUAUUCCACGAGAGCUGAUGAUGUGUUUCCGUCUCCUCAGGGCUAUUGUUAUAUAAAGAUCCUACACCAUCUUGUUCCUGUCCAUUUCAUUUACCGGCCCUGAAAAUGUAUGGAAACUAAUACACUUGAAAAGGGUCUAAAAAAAGAGGACUAUCUAUUUGUAAAUUCAGAAAAUACAUAUUGAAAACUGUACACUGCUGAAAAGACCAGCUGAGGUCUUUAGUUUUUGACCAAGAAAGCCCUGUUAAAUAAGCUAGUUAAGAAAGCUGGUGAAUAUACCAGUAUCCAAAAUAUGAUAUAU